GGUGACCUUCCCGCGGCCGCCGCUGGCCAGCCCGGCUCAAGAGCAUCCUCCGCGCGGGAGAACUUGCAGCCGGGAGGCGCGCGGGGCUGAGCGCUCAUGGGCGCCCGCCCUGCUCCCCGCGACCACCCGGAUGGGGAAACUGAGGCUGAGACUGGGCUGGGAGGCUCCCAAGGCGUGGACUCCUUUGACCACAAAAAAUUCUUCCAAAUGGUGGGCCUGAAGGGGAAGAGUGCAGAGGACGUGAAGAAGGUGUUUCAGAUCCUGGAUAAAGACAAGAGCGGCUUCAUCGAGGAGGAUGAACUGGGGUUCAUCCUGAAGGGCUUCUCCGCCGACGCCAGAGAUCUGUCUGCUAAGGAGACCAAGGCGCUGCUGUCUGCCGGGGACAAGGAUGGGGACGGCAAGAUUGGAGUGGAGGAAUUCUCCACCCUAGUGGCCGAAAGCUAAGAAGCCCUGCCCGCCCCCCGCACCCCUCCUCGGCCCCCGGCUCCUGACCUCAGCCCCGUCUGCAUUUCUGUUCCAUUUGUUUAUGUUAUUUUUUACGCCCCCCUCCCUCCCUGCAGCCCUGGAAUGACAGCCUUCUUCUGGAACACGGUGAACGAACAAUAAAGUCUGUUCCAACCCA